AUGGAUUACAAUACGGAUGAAAACGGGUUCGCAGUGAAAACACACGGCUAUAGUGUGGACACAAAGUCAACGGACAAUCGCACUGAACAACAGUCGGACAAUACGGUACAACCGGUUAAAUGCUCGGACAUAGACAGAGAGUCCGGGUUAUGUCACCUACUAUCCAUGCAACUAAUAUUCGGGGUCACCUACUGCGGCAACUGUCCCUACUCCAAAAACAAUGUGGUCAGAAAGACCUUGUACAUUAUAUACGAUUGUGUGGUCAUCGUAUCAUUUGCGUUAUUUGAGUGCUACGGCUUUUCCGAUGAUGUAUUCACCAGGAUCUUUUACACCACCAAGAAUAAGGGUGUCAUGAAGGUGCUGUUCCGGUUAGCCGGGUUGUCAAUGGCUAUUGAGUUUUUUGCUAUCAAAGGAAUGUUACUUAAAAAUGGCUGGAAUCUCAUCAGGACCAUUAGGACUUCAGACUGGACCGAAAACCUACGUAUGGGCACCAUAAAGAUCCAGGUGCUAUGCGAGAGUGUAUUGAUGCUACGUAACCAACUGGAGACAAUAAAUGACAUGAUCGGGGUAAUCAUGUUGAUCAAGAUAUUCGUGAACGCUAUGUUCAUGUCUACGUGCGUUUGUGUGCUCUCACUGGUAGGCAUUCCCGUGAACGCCAUAAUAAGUAUCAUAGGGUUCGCCAUAAUCUCCGUAUCGGAUAUCGUGUCCGUGUGUUAUGCCUCACAACUCAUGAUUAAUUCAAUGGCAAACCUUUGUAAGCAAGUGGAGCACAGCCUGGUUAUGGACAUGGGUUAUGGUGAUGAGGGAAGGAUGAAUAAACGCAUGGAUUAUAAUACGGAUGAAAACGGUUUCGCAGUGAAAAUACACGGCUAUAGUGUGGGCACAAAGUCACCGAACAAACGCACUCAACAGGCAGACAAUCCGUUAAAAUAUGGAGGCAUUAAACCCGAUCCCGGGUUAUUUAGACUGCUAUUCAUGCAAAUGCUAUUCGGGGUCACCUACUGUGGCAACUGUCCCACAUUUAACAACUUUAUGCUUAAGAAGACCGUGCUUAUUAUCUAUGACUGCGUGAUCGUCAUAUCAUUUGCCAUGUUUGAGUGGUAUGGCUUUUCCGAUGAUGCAUUCACCAGGAUCUUUUACACCACCAAGAAUAAGGGUGUUAUGAAGAUCUUGUUCCGAUUCGCUGGACUGUCCAUGGCCAUUGAAUUCUUUGCUAUCAAGGCCAUGCUAUUCAAAAAUGGAUUCAACACGAUUAAGAUUAUUAGGGAUGCUGGCUUAAACAAGAACACAAACUUUACAUCCUAUAUGAUCAUGGUCUAUCUAUUGCUAAUGGCCCUGGUGUCUGGAUUCAUGUUACCACUGAAUUUCACGGACUUCGAAAAGUCACGGCUCACCGAAGAAAAGUGUAAAAUUGUGGGCUUUUUCAUUGUCGGCCUUUUCUACUCAAUGAACAAGUCGUCGGUCACCUCAUUGUUAGUGUUCGCGGCGUUUAACAUCAGGGAACAAAUUAACGAUUGGACUCAAAACCUACGUAUGGGCACCAUUAAGAUCCAGGUGCUAUGCGAAGGUAUUUGGGCACUGCGUAACCAACUGGAGACCAUUAAUGACAUGAUCGGGGUGAUUAUGCUGAUCAAGGUGUUUGUAGACGCUAUGUUCAUGUCCACCUGCGUAUGUGUGCUCUCACUGGUAGGCAUUCCCGUGAACGCCAUAAUAAGUAUCAUAGGGUUUGCUGUGGUGUCGGUAUCGGAUAUCGUGUCCGUGUGUUAUGCCUCGCAAAUCAUGAUCAACUCAAUGGCAGACUUGUGUAAACAAGUGGAACAGACCCUGAUUAUCGAUAGUGGAUAUGAAAUUGAUGACAGGGUAGUUUAUUAUAAUCAGUUGAAUAUCAUACUGUCUAUGAGAGAAAGUAUCAAGCUAAAGGUGUUGUCCCUGUUUGAUCUCAAGACUGUUACAAUACUGGCGAUUGUGGGUUAUGUCACUAAUUAUGCUAUUAUUCUCAUACAGACUACUGUUUCUGAAUCAUAA